UUGCAUGUAAACCCUUCGCCUUCUUAUUCCAAUCUUGGGUCAACAAGCCUUAUCAUAUACACGAUGGCCUCUGUAUUGAAGAAUUUCCUCGGUGUCAAAGCAACCACAAAUGACAGCAUAUGCCCAGUGUCUCCGGAGAAGAGCGCAGUAAGAGCUCUUCCCGCUGUAUGGUACACAUCACUAGAGCUGUACGAGCUCGAGCGACGGGCCAUUUUCUCCAAGAGGUGGUUGCUCACCACGCACAUACUGCGGCUCCCAAGCACUGGUAGUUGGUCUCGCUACAAUAGCGCGGGAUAUCCCUUCAUUCUCAUCCGAGGCCAUGGUCGACACAUACAGGCAUUCCAUGAUAUCUGGUCUCAUGAUUUCACCGACGAGCUCGCGCAGACCCUAAUCUCGGAGCGACUUGAGGACACCAAAUUCAGAACUUUCCACGUCCAUCUGGAUGCGAAUGGAUUUGUCUGGGUCAACAUGGAUGCUGGCAAGCAGCCUGAGAUUCCGUGGGAGAAGGAUUUUAAAGGAAUCGACCUGCAGCCUCGCUUCAAGGAUUUCAACUUCGAGGACUACAUUUUUGAUCACGUCUGGGGGAUGGAUGGUCCUUAUAACUGGAAGAUUCUUGCAGAUAACUAUAAUGAGUGUUACCACUGCCCGACAGCACAUCCUGACGCGCAAGCGAUAGCCGAUCUCGAAGCCUAUUCGGUUGACACCGUGGACGGGUCUAUCGUUCACGUUGCCAACACCAAACCAGACCAGAUCGAACGGGGCCUGAAGAUCGCCAGCACCUACUAUUUCCCCAACGCGUCCAUGACGGUAACGCCGCAUUUCUUCUUCAUGCAACGAUUUGUCCCCACCUCGCCUACCACCUGCGAGAUGCGCUACGAGGUGUACCGGAAUAAAAACUCCAGCGAGGAGGAUUUCCAGUUGAUCAAUGAGAUGUAUAAGCGGAUUAUGAGUGAAGAUAAAUAUCUCUGUACUGAGGCACAGAAGAAUAUCGGGAGGGGUGUCUUUGUCAAUGGUCUGCUUCAUCCCAGAAUGGAGAAGGGACCGCUAUAUUUCCAAUCUGUUGUACGUGACCUUCUGUAUGAGCACUUUGAUCGGGAGAAAGAUGCAGGAAAGCAGAUUUGGCCUGCUGGACUUGAGGUUCCGGUGGCGGUUGAGCCCAAGUGA